AUGCCGAACAUCAAUAUAGCAACCAAUAUCGAACAAGCUACACGGCGACACGUUGAUACGCAGCGGGAGUACGAAAAGGCGAGAGAAAAGUUCGAGGAAGCGAAGACGAAGAUGGAAGAGUGUGAGAAGAACAUGAAGGAUGCUGAGCGUUUGCUUUAUUUUGCAAAGUAUCGAGUGCCAGGUUGGUGA